GGAAAAAUAUCUUCAUACCUGUUUCGAAAAAUAAGAGAAAAGUUAUAAUUCCUACCCGGAAUUUUCACUCGAAAACAAGACCCUCUUGGGAGGCUAUACCCCACCGGGUGCAUACGUAAAUUUGGCACGGACCAGUUUCGCUACCCAUUGCCCAUUUGCCACGACAGCUAUACAAACGGAGAUUGAGGAAAAUUUACCGCAAGCAAAAGUAGAUGUCUUAACGCGAAAGGGAAAAGAACUGUUAAUAGAAAAUGUCGAAGUGUGUAUACUGUUUGCCCCAAACGAAGGGUCCGGUGUAUACUGACGCAAACACCGAAACGACAAUUUUGUCAACGACAACUGGUAAAUUUUCAACGACAACUGGUAAAUUGCUCACGACAACUAUGUCUGGUGAAUUGCUGACGACAAAUCGUAAGCAAAUCGUACCGAUGCGUCCAAGCGUUUCAACAUCCCAAAAGACAAUCACGACAGGCUAUCCAGCUCAGCCAGACCCAACACCCAUUGUUAUCACUGUGAGCCUUGCAGUCACUGUUGUUCUACUUCUUCUUUUUGUCGCCGUACUCCUCUUCAUGAUCAAAAGAAGAAAACGUAGCCCCCGGGACAAUACCAGUGAUCUCAAGAUGGAAAGCCAAACAGAAACAAAAGCACAUGAAGAAUACGAUGACGUCAUUGUAACUAACAAGGCUAGUGAACAUGAGAGCCCAUACGAGUAUGCAUAUGAAAAGAUCGUAAAACCGAAAGUUUACUCGCCGCUUGGUCGGAAAGACUCCCCGAAUAUUUAUGAAGACCUUCAACAGCCAACACCCUCUGCACCUUCAACAUCCAAAGAAGUUGAAAAGAAUUCGAAAGAUUAUCUAUAUGUGUUACCCGAAGCGAAGGAAGAAGGACCAAAUGUUGAACAGGAGCCGUUUGAUGAAGUUAAGAAGCAAAGCCAGCUAUCUGUGUAUUCGCAAGGCUCCUACCUCGUUCCUGUUGUGUUGAAGGGCGAGCCAGACGAAAAUCAGUAUGGCGCAGCAUAUGUCAAGGUUCUGCCUUGAGAAUUGAAGUUAUUCGUUAAUCCUAGAUAUCUAUCAUAGCAGUGUUUCAGUUCUAACUAUCAUGUCUCAAAAUAUAAAUGUAUUUAUUUUUCGUAAAAAUAAAAAAGAUUUCGUGUUUCUGUCAUCCGAAACCGUUGCGGGUAGCUCCGAAUCUAUUUGGAAAUCAUCAUGACAAAGAAAAAGGCUUGCUGGAAUCUGACACCAAGCGAGUUAGGUUGGUUGCUGCACUGCAUUUUUGUCGUAACUGAUAUUUCGAUUCACAUGGCAACUACACGCUUUCGAAAGCUAAGAAAGAUCCAUAUUAGUACGUAGCUGCAAGACAUUUUUGUAAAACAUAAUUUCUAUCCUGCUGUUUUGCUUGAAGUGAAAAAAAACCCUAAGGAAUAUCGGAUGCUUUUCGAUUGUUACUUUGGGGUUAUCUUUGAUUGUUAGCAAUAGCAGAGAGAGCGCAAAAUACUAUGACCAAGGGUGUAGAGCUAAGGGGGCUCAGAGGGGAUGAGCCCCCCUCGCUAAUGCCUAAAAUUGGCAAAUUCCAGCUUUUGCUAUUGUUUUUGCAGCAUUUUGUGCAAGAGCCCUCCUUGUUAUUUUGAUAGCACUACACCACUGACUAUGACAAUUGAUAUGGUAUCUUAUAUUUAGUUAUUUUUAUCAUUCUUUUAUC